AACAGCGCCUCUGACUCUCUGCAGGAAAUGUUCUUUAUAUUAGACAUAUACAAGCAGGUCCUGUCAGAUGAGCAGCUCAACUAGACCGCCUUUCCGCCCGGCAAAAAUGGAACGGUCCUUUUGUCUGGCACUUCGGGGGCUCCGGGGGAAUACCAUCCUGUUUCUGCAGAGAUUCGGGCGCUGCAAGAUUUUUAAAAGCGCCCGAGACCCCGAAUUUGCCUGGACCCAUUGGCUUCUGAGCUGCGGUUUGGGUUAUGCAUUGACCGGUAUUACCUGUGCAGAUCGGUAGCAGCCGGGCUAUAAGCCCCUUGUUUUCUACGUGGUUUGGAAAUUGGGGGUCGUGACCAUCUCUCGGCGGGAUUUUUGGAUAUUUUGGGCGAACCGGGGGUGUAAGGUUUGCGUUUUAUAUUGAGGCUCGGAGCCGGCAGCUGCGAAAGAUCGCUUUUCCCUGCCAGGACCUGAUGCAAUCCAUUCAAGCCAACAAGUUUGGAGAGAAUGUUGAGUUCAAUCAAUUCAGAACGUCGAGAUGGAGCCCAAUUCAGUUCAGUGGGUCGGAUCUCCGUGUGGUUUACACGGACCGUACAUUUUCUACAAGGCUUUUCAGUUCCACCUUGAAGGCAGACCAAGAAUUUUGUCCCUUGGCGAUUUUUUCUUUGUAAGAUGUAAGCCAGAGGAUCCGAUUUGCAUAGCGGAGCUACAGCUGCUGUGGGAAGAAAGGAGUUCCAGGCAACUUUUAUCCAGCUCCAAACUUUAUUUUCUACCAGAAGAUACUCCCCAAGGCAGAAACAGUGACCAUGGCGAGGAUGAAGUUGUUGCUGCUUCAGAGAAGGUCACGGUGAAGCUCGAAGACUUGGCCAAAUGGGCCCAGGCAGAUUUCUCCAAAUGGAAACGUGGACUCCGGGGUGAAGCCAUUAGACCUACGGAACUGGGAAAGAAUGGCCAGAAGGAAGCGCUGGGCAGGUUCAGGCAAACCACACACAACAGCGGCCUCAACUUUAGAGACAUUUUGAAGGAAAAGGCUGACCUUGGUGAGGAUGACGAAGAUUCAAAUGUGCUGAUCCUCAGCUACCCACAAUACUGUCGCUAUCGUUCCAUGCUGAAGCGCAUACAGGGCAAACCGUCCUCCAUCCUAACAGACCAGUUUGUAUUAGCCCUUGGGGGCAUUGCCGUAAUCAGCAAAAACCCACAAAUCCUCUACUGUCGAGAUACCUUUGAUCACCCAACUCUUAUUGAAAAUGACUGCAUAUGCGAUGAGUUUGCGCCAAAUCUUAAAGGCAGACCACGCAAAAAGAAGUCAUGCCCACAGAGAAGAGAUUCACUCAGUGGCUUUAAAGAUUCCAAUAAUAAUUGUGAAGGCAAGGCUGUUGCCAAGGUAAAAUGUGAGGCUAAAUUGCCUUUGCACAAAACCAAAAAUAACAACAGCAACUGUAAAAAGGGCUCAAGCGAGGAUAAAUCAAAGGUUUCUGUAGGUGAAGAAUGCAGAGCGGAUGAACAGGCAUUCCUUGUGGCACUUUAUAAAUAUAUGAAAGAAAGGAAAACACCAAUUGAACGAAUACCCUACCUUGGUUUUAAGCAGAUUAACCUUUGGACUAUGUUUCAAGCUGCUCAAAAACUGGGAGGAUAUGAAACAAUAACAGCCCGCCGACAAUGGAAACAUAUUUAUGAUGAAUUAGGUGGUAACCCUGGGAGCACAAGUGCAGCCACGUGUACUCGUAGACAUUAUGAAAGAUUAAUCCUGCCGUAUGAGAGAUUUAUUAAAGGAGAAGAAGAUAAGCCACUGCCUCCUGUGAAACCUCGAAAACAAGAUAAUGUCGCCCAGGAGGGGGAAAGUAAGAUAAAAUUGUCUGGAACAAAACGCAUCCGAAAUGAACACCAAAAGAGCAAGAAAGAAAAAGACAAUGCACAGAAACCCCAGGAUGCACCCGAGGCAUCAUCGGAACAAGAGAAAGUUCAAGAAUGUCCAGACCAGAAAAGCUCAUCUGAGCUAACCGUCGUAGAGGAGAUGAAGCUGCCUGUAGAAGAGUCCCAGGUUUCUCCACUAGAUGUAACUGGGAUGCCAUCAUUGGAAAAGACAGACUUUGAAGAGGUCAGCUCAAACUGUGAGGAAGUCAAGGAGGAGAUGUCAUGCAAAGAUUCUGUCUCAAGUGCUUUGGUGUCCCCAGAAGAAGAUGAGGUCUUGAAUUCCACAGUCGGGAAAAUCCCCAGUCUGUCAGAGGAUCCAGAUGAGCCAAAGCAGGAACAAAGAGUUCACUGUCUCACAGACGACCUAGAAAGUAGUGCCCAAGAAAUUCCAUUUAAUAACUUCCCCACUAUCCAACUCCCACUUCCAAGUCAAAGUGAGAUGGAAGACGACAAACUCCCAGAGAUGGCGGACUACAUUGCCAACUGCACGGUUAAAGUGGAUCAGUUAGGAAAUGAGGACAUACACAAUGCACUGAAACAGAGUCCCAAAGUCCUUGUAGUACAGAAUUUUGACAUGUUCAAAGAGAAAGAAGUGCCGAGCUCCCUUAAUGGUGAGCCUGGUUUCAGCUGCACACCACUGCUCUACUCCAAAGGCAACCCGGGCAUCAUGUCACCUCUGGCAAAGAAGAAGCUCUUGUCACAAGUCAGUGGGGCAACCCUCUCCUGCAGCUACCCUUACGGCUCACCACCACCUUUGAUCAGCAAGAAGAAAUUAAGCAGCAAAGAGGACCUGUUGUCAAGCAUGCCACAGGCUUCCCAUGCCUCUGGGAUGGAUGCUGCGGCACUCAGCAGGCCAUCUGUGAUCCAACACGUACAGAGUUUCAAACCCAAGAACUCGGACGAGAGGAAGUCUGCUAGUGAAACCUACAGGCACGAACUGCUACUCAAGAAAACUGAUUCUGAAUGUUGCGAUUUCACCAAACAACACCUGAGUGCUCUGGCCGAAUCCUAUGCACUAAAGUCGGAAAUCCAGGACAUGAAAGAUAGAAUGAAUGAAAAAAGGGCGCUGCACCACUCCCACAUGCCUGCUUUCUUGGCAGACUUUUACUCAUCUCCUCACCUGCACAGCCUUUACAGGCACACCGAACACCACCUUAAUAAUGAACAGACGUCAAAGUACCUCCACCGAGACAUGUAUAGAGAUACGGAAGCCCUUUCCAUGUUCCCUCAACACAAGCACCAAGACAAGCGAAGCUUAAGCUAUCACCCGCCUCUACAUCAGCCGGAGAAAAAGAGCCCCAUGGAAGCCUCUUCUGAUGAUCAGCCGACAGAUCUGAGUCUUCCUAAAAGUACUCCCAAACAGACUGCAAAAGCUCUGGGGUCAUCUUCCCUCUUGCAUGCUUCGGCGGAGAGCAAAAGCAUAUCCCAGUUCCAAGCCUUGAGCGGCCAGCCUCUGAGCAUAGACUGCAACCCCAAAGCUUGUCGUGUUUCUCCAAUGACGGUGUCGGCCCCCAAGAAGCACGGCGAGCCUCUUCUCAGGACCAACAAACAGCAGACCCCAAGGAAGAUGGAGGGCAUGGUCCACCCCAUCCUAAGCCACAAAACCAAUGCUCAAACCAUUGGGGCAGCUCGGCCUCUGAAGCGCAGCCUGGAGGAUUUGGACAAAGCCAUUUCGGAAAAGAAGAUCCGAGCCGUCUCGCCCCUGCGCUUACCAAAGGAAGCCCCUGCAAAAGACAAGGGUCUUGAGCAAGAGACCGAGGGCAGCAAAUCAGCACACGUCCUCCCGCCCGGCGGCAUGCUGGAGGGCCACAAGUUUCCCCUCUCCAGCCCCAUCUUCACAGGCUUGUACCCAGGGACAUUGUGCAGCAGCCUGAGCAACCGCAUCCCAGCUGGGUAUUCUCAUCCUCUACAAUACUUGAAAAAUCAGGCAGUGCUUUCUCCGCUAAUGCAGCCUUUGGCUCUCCACUCGUUCAUGGUGCAAAGACAGUUCCUUACGUCCCCUGGAAACUCACAGCAGCUUUACAGGCACUUAGCUGCAGCCACACCUGUAGGAAGUUCAUAUGGCGACCUUUUGCACAACAACAUUUAUCCUUUGGCUGCUAUCAAUCCUCAGGCUGCUUUCCCGCCUUCUCAGUUGUCUUCUGUACAUCCGAGCACAAAACUGUAAAUCCUCCCUUGGAAAACAACAACAAACAACUACAUUCCUUUUAGCCUGUGAUGUCUUGCAAAAUUUAAACAAAAAGCCGAUUAUUUGUGUUAACCAAUAAGCAGUUUUGUCCCUCAUUGCUGAAGGCUUCAGAGUUGAUCGAGGGUCAAGCAAGACAGUCGAUUUGCCUGGGCUUUGUUUUUUUACUUUGGGCUCCUGCAUCUACUCCUCCGUGGUCAUUUCACAUUGCAAAGAAGGUUCGCAAAAGUAUCUGUAUCAUGCGGAAAACAAGUGUCAGAGAAGAGCAGGGGGAACAUUAGGCUGCACCCCCCUUAUCUUGGAGGAGAAAAAAGGUGUUUGUUUGUUUGUGUCCCCCCCCCUAAAAAAGAGUGGGUUUUGGAGCAUUUCAAGUAGAAAAAGAGGCAGGUCUGAUGAGAGAGAAAGUGGAACAAGCAAAUGAUCUACGGAUAUUGCUUCUUUGGGUACCAUUUUGUUUUCUGACUUUUCAGAUUUCAAAUCAAUGCAAUGUAUAGCAGAAACUUCAUAGCAUUUCAUCUUAACACUAUCAAAACAGGAAAAGUAAACACUGUCCAAUUAGACUUUACAUAUCUGCUUCAGAAACAAAACAAAAGAAUCUCCAGCGUCAAGUUCAUUUGUAUAAUUUAUGCAAGUUAUUUUCAACUUAUCCUGUGCUCUGUUUAAUUUAAAAGAACAGUCUCUUUUCAUUUGCAACCUCUUUUUGGUAAAAGAAAAAAAGGCGCUGGUUAUUGAGGGCUUCUUUUUUAAGUGUGUUUAUAUUUUUCCCCUUCCUUUCCCCCUUUCUGCUUAUGUUUUUAGAGCAGCUUUUUGGGUGGUAAUGUCAUUGUUUACAAAACAAAAGCAUCCAUUUUCAAUGAACCUUUCCAAUGGAGAGAGAAGCAUACUGUAGAUCACACAAUUGCAGCUGAGUCCAAACAUCAGUUCCUUCUCAAGCGACUAGAUCCUUCAAAGGUGCUGAGCGUUCCCCUCACCCAUCAAAAUGGUUCUCUAAUUGUUCAUACUUUGCUGUUUUACUGGCCACUGGGAUCUGGUUUUCCUGUAUCAUGGUCUGUGAAUUUGUUAAGAAUUGUACUUAACCUUAUCUAGGCUGUGAAACUGUCCUGCAUACCAGAAAGGAAACAUGCUUAGGAGACUGUGCUGGCAACAAGUUACUCAAUAACAUUGGAGUUCUAAAGAACCUUUAUUGUGGGCUGUUAAGCUAUUUCAAGAAUUUCAGCCGUUAGGAGAGAAAGAAGGUGAAGAUUUUAGUUAAAGGUGGUCUGGAUUCUGUGCUGCUGAAGUGAGAUGGGUGAGAACGUAUAAACGUUCUGAGAAAGAUAAUAGCAAGGAGCCGUUCCAAAUCUGGAAGUCAGUCUUUUGAGGGUCACCUUUGGGCUAUGAACUGGUUGAACUCUUGCUUGGUGGAGUCCUCCUACAAAGUGCUGAACAUCCCACCUUCUUCCAGCAAAGUAUUCUGACCAUGUGGCUUGGACUCAAAACAAAAAUGGCAGCUUAAUCUACAAACCACUUAAGCCCGGUUUUACUUGACUUUGACUCUCUGGUCCUAUUGAACAAAAGUUCCAUGCCAGUGGCAUUUCUGAAGCCUGAGCCAGAGUACCCUGUUGACUCUCACGAGAGUCUUCCUGCUGAAAGCUAAAAAUUGCCUUGAGAUAUUUUGCUGGAAUGGGCUAGGGUGCUCAGAUCAUUGCAGGGUCAGGACUGCAGCACAAAGGGCAGCAGCUGAAGUAUAAAAGGGGAUAUAUUUUGAUGUGAGGAAAGGCUCAAAGAGCUGGCAGGCAUGGCUCCACCCACUGACUUGCUACUGUGCAAGCUUGGAGGCCUUAGAGGAGCAGUCAAGGGCCCUUUUAGUGCAUGCACACACCCCUUACACACCCAUGGGAACAGCAAGAGUAAGAGUCCUACCCUUAUAGACUGCAGCUGGCUGCUCACUCUCAUUUGCUUUGGCCUUGGCGUGCAAAAGGGAAGGUUUCGUUCAGCCUGUAUUGCUGUUCCUCUUGGGAGGGAAAGGCGUUCGAAGAGCCCUUUGUCAGCGGCUUUGAGUGAGCAGCUGAGGGCUUUCUGGGAGGCCUUUGCUGAAGCUUCCAUUGCUGUUCACGCAGGGACAGAACCUUGGUGUAGAGAGCAAGCACCCAAUGUGUGCAAUCAGAACACUUGAAAGCUGGUGCUAAGGUAGGAAGCCCCAAGGACCGUGCCCUCUGCCCCCAUCUCAUAUUCCUCUCUGACACCGUGUACCAGCACAAGUGAUGUUUCCCACCAGAGGGAGGAAAUGUCAGGUGCUGCCGUGAAGCUGGCUUUGUUCAAAUCCAAGAAACAAUGCCAGCGUCCACUCAUUUUGGUUCCAGUGUCUCUCAUGGAUUUGCUGAGUUUCCACCUCCCAUUCAGGAAGCAUCAAAGGCAGCCAAAUCUGUUGAGGCUGCCCCAUACCUCUCUGGCAUCAUCGCUGGCCACACAUAAUGGCCACGGCAGCCCACUGAGCACUUGGCUCAACAGCGAUCAGCUUGAGUUGGUGGUGGGGCAGGUCCUCCCCAUGAAGCUAAAAUGCAGCCCCCCACCCCAGUCACAAGGUGUAAUUUGAAGAGUGACAAGUCCGUAAGUGAAGCUGGUGGGAUUGGGUUUUGUCCAUGGGGGAAAUCACCCUACAACGAUGUGGAUUUAUUUGGAGGAACCUUUCUGUGCUGGGUCUGGAAGUAUGGACAGCCACCCAGAGAGGCUGAACUUUUUGAGGCAUUUUACAAUGUGAAAAUCGGUUGUGAGCUGAACCCAUCCCAGAUUGCAAUUCAAAUACAGUAAUAAUCAAAACUACUGGAAACUAGUGGAAACUACUUAAGCAACAUCGUGCAUGCAUGCCAAACAUCCUAUAUUGAAAUUUCCUGUGAUAUGAAGCCAACUGCAAUAUAUAAUGUAACCUAUUUAAUAUACAAUGGUGGAAAAAAAACAACAAAAUAAUAGACAUCUACUGUUAAAGAUCGAUGUUAUCUUCAAUUUAACGCUUUUAUGUUCUUGUGGUAAAAUUAUAUGAACUGAUGAUGCAUAAGCAGGCUAGUAGACUUUAGAAGAUAAAUGUGCCAACGCCGACUUUUGCUUUUCUUUUUCCUGCUGUGCUCGGAGCAUUCGAAAAAAACAGCAAUCACAUUCUAAGUUGAUCAGAUGCCAUAGAGGGCAUUAUUAGUAUAUAAAAAAAAUUGCACUAAACCUGACUAAUAUAAUAAUCAAGGUGGGGAGGGGGAAGGGAAGUUGGCAGGGUUGUAUAAGCCUGCAAUGACUGUUAGAAUUAUGUGCCUGGUUUGGUAAUCCAGGAUGUAAUGCAUCUCUGAUUUGUUUGGGAUAAUCUGCAUGUAGGGUUGCCUGAUCCCCCUUACAGUAAGGGAUGUCCCUUGUUUUAAAAGGAUUGUCCCUCGUUUUGGAACAGCACACCCUUAGCAAGUCAUUUACUGCAUGCAGAGGUAGCUCCACAUUGCUUACAGUGGUACGCCCCUAUCCUGCCCCUUUCCCUCCAGUAGAGAGGGUCGCACUGUGCACAAAUCCUUUGGCACAUACUUAGCUCCCCACCCUCUUGAAAGGAAUGGGGCUGCCCUCCUGCACAGGAGCUAUGCGUGCAUAUGAGGGUACUUGACUGUCCAUUUAUUCCAAAUCCCACAACCCUAGGAUGACUCAUUUUUGAAAGUUUGAUUUGAUAACCAUACUGUUAAAUCUUAACCUCGUGUGCUUAUUUUGUAAGUCUCCAAUUUCAGUUUCAUGCAUCGUUUUGAAAGUUGUUCGGACUGUUCUAAAAGAUCACAGUGCAGGGUUAAUUGAUCCCCCCCUUUUUUUGUUGUUGUUGUUCCUCUUGCUUUUUUCAAUAGGAAGACUGGCUUAUUUUUAGAAAGCUCAUGAUGCAUUGGCCAAGAUGAGGGUAAAUGAAGAGCAAUGAGGACAUAGCUCAUACCAUUGGUGGGGUGGGUUGCCUAAGAAUGCUUUUUAAAAAUCCAUGAUUUCUAUUAAGUAUUGCAUUUUCCACUGGCAGAAGACUACUUUCUGUGACUUAAAUGGGGCUUUGUUUGCUUUGUUUGAGUUCAAGGGGCCUUAUUGAAUGAAAUUGCACAAGUUUUUUUGUUAUUGGUAGAUUGGUAAAGAAAACAGUUUAAUUGGCAACAGAGUGAUAAAUCUAUUUACCAUGAGUUGGUCCCAAGAAAUGUUGCAAUUCCAACUCACUCUGUUCAGGAUUCAUUAAAGAUUCUGAAGGUUGAUGAGAUUAAAGACAAAGAAAACCUUUCCCUCCCCAUGAUAGAAUUGUCUUUUUAGAAGCCAUUGACAUGGGGAGGGGUUUGUGUUGGGUGAGGCCUUUUGCAACCGGAUUCUCACUUUAGUAAUCAGAAGAGUUUCCCAAUUCCAUCUGAAGCCCAACAUAAAGCUAAGAAGUGUUCCUGGCUUAUUGAACUGCUCCAUGAAUCCUUAAGCACGCAGGCCGCAAGCCAAUGAAACCUGUGACUUGAGCCCUGUUUAAUAUAGUACCUGGAGUAAUGGGAUUGUUACUGUUUCCAUGGUUAUUCCACUCCAGGUAACUUCUGCUUCAAGAAAAGCUGAGAGUAAUUUUGGCCCCAUUUUACACGUUAGCUGGAAUGGUGUGAUAGUGUAGUUGUUCCUCCGCCACUCAGGGAAAUGUCUCUCGGGUGAUGCCUAAUUGUGUAAGCAGCCCUAACUGGGGGUGGCACAGGAGCAACCAGAGAGGCAGCAGCCGUGCAAGAGUUAAACAGAGCCAAAGUCACUUCUGUCUCACUGUUUUCUUGACUAGUCCCCAUAUGUUCAAGCUCUGUCCUAUCUGUUGUGUGGCUCACAGAAGCCAGUAGAUGGCCACAGAAAUAGGUUGUGUGGUGUGUGCCUUUAAAGGGAGAGGUUGGCUUCUACUCACUCGUUAUUCCAUGUGAUCCGAUUGUACAGCAAUGAGCGUAGUCAAGCCUGGCCCCAUUUCACAAUCCGUAAUGCUUAUAGUGGGAAAAUAUUUCACUGAUAAUGAGGUCUGCAGUAUUGAAACUAUCAUUAUUGAGCACUUAACCGGUGUUAGCUGUAAAUGUAUUUGAUAUUUUACAUGUAUUCCUCCCCUCCCAUAGUUUUAAAUAUGGUCUAACAAAGGCAGCAUAAUCUACUAGCUGUUUAUACUUUGUUUUGAGCGUUCUUUUGUUGUAAAUAGUGUAUACAUUCUUGUGAUUCAAGUUAUUGUAGCUUAUAUGCUCUGUAAGGUGAUUAUUUGUAUAUAGAAAAAAAAUGGCCCAGUAAUAUUAUAUAGUUUUCCCAUUUUUUAAAAGAAUAAAAGGGUUACUGAGUAACCUUUCAAAUUAAAUAAGUUUAAACACUACCAGAAAGAAAGAAAGAAAAAAAAGCUGAGCCAACUAUAAACACUCAAUUUUUGUAUGUUUUCCAAAUUGUAUGUAUUAAUGCUUUUGAUACUGUAUUAUGUGCCAAUAGUUUCCCAAUCACAUAGCAAGCAAAGAUAUUUUGUACUUUUUGAUCCACUGUAAUAUUUAAUAAAAAAUGUUACUAUCUG